AACCCACUGGUCCAGACCCCCAGCCUCAUGGCUUUCUGACAGAGGCCUGCAAGACUGGGCUAGGGACUUGGCCUCGGCCAGCAACCGGACAGCGCCCGAAGUGAGGACACAUAACCUCCGCCCACCUUUCCUUGGAACCAGAAAGGUGGGAAAGUUGCCUGCAGGGUUGACUAAGUUUGGCUAAAAUACACGAUCAAGGCUUUUUUCCAAAACAGCAGAAUAGGUAACGUUUUUGUUGUCGUGGACUUGGCAUAACUGGAAUCCUGGCCAGAUCAUCAUCUUUUGAUUGGGUACUAGACCUUGCAGUUUACACCAUGCUUGGACCCACUGGGUUUCUUACAUAGGACAACCCGUUAUAGGUGUCAUCGGAUUUUCUUCGCAGAAUAAGCAGGGGCCGCUGUAUCCCCCUUGUACCUGGCACUCAGACAUUCAGACUUUUGACUAGAUGAAUCAGAUUUUACAGAUGGGGAACCUAUGUUGGGGAGUUGAGACUCAAAACGAUAUCUUCUGACACCGAGGCAGAGGCUCUUUGUAAUUCCAUUCACUCUCCCAGAUUCAUAGAGUUUAGCCACUGAAGACAGGGCCCUCCGAGACCCCCUCACUUCACAGAGAAGAUGUGAGCUGGAAGCUUCACAAAACACACCUACCAGGCUUCAGAUGAGCCGGCAGGUGGUCCGCUCCAGCAAGUUCCGCCACGUGUUUGGACAGCCCGCCAAGGCCGACCAGUGCUAUGAGGAUGUGCGCGUCUCCCAGACCACCUGGGACAGUGGCUUCUGUGCCGUCAACCCCAAGUUUGUGGCCCUGAUCUGCGAGGCCAGUGGGGGAGGGGCCUUCCUCGUGCUGCCCCUGGGCAAGACUGGACGUGUGGACAAGAACGUACCCACGGUCUGCGGCCACACAGCCCCAGUGCUGGACAUCGCCUGGUGCCCACACAAUGAUAACGUCAUUGCCAGCGGCUCCGAGGAUUGCACAGUCAUGGUGUGGGAGAUCCCUGAUGGGGGCCUGACACUGCCCCUGCGGGAGUCCGUCGUCACCCUGGAGGGCCACACCAAGCGCGUGGGCAUCGUGGUCUGGCACCCCACGGCCCAGAACGUGCUGCUCAGUGCAGGUUGUGACAACGUGAUCCUGGUGUGGGACGUGGGCACUGGGGCAGCUGUGCUGACGCUUGGCUCCGACGUGCACCCGGACACCAUCUACAGCGUGGACUGGAGCCGAGACGGCGCCCUCAUUUGCACCUCCUGCCGGGACAAGCGAGUGCGCAUCAUCGAGCCGCGCAAAGGCACUGUGGUUGCUGAGAAGGACCGUCCCCAUGAGGGGACCCGGCCUGUGCGCGCAGUCUUUGUAUCCGAUGGAAAGAUCCUGACCACGGGCUUCAGCCGCAUGAGUGAGCGGCAGGUGGCGCUGUGGGACACGAAGCACCUGGAGGAGCCACUGUCCCUGCAGGAACUGGACACCAGCAGCGGCGUCCUGCUGCCCUUCUUCGACCCCGACACCAACAUAGUCUACCUCUGUGGCAAGGGGGACAGCUCCAUCCGGUACUUCGAGAUCACUUCCGAGGCCCCGUUCCUGCACUAUCUCUCCAUGUUCAGUUCCAAGGAGUCCCAGCGGGGCAUGGGCUACAUGCCCAAACGUGGCCUGGAGGUGAACAAGUGUGAGAUUGCCAGAUUCUACAAGUUGCAUGAGCGACGGUGUGAGCCCAUCGCCAUGACAGUGCCUAGAAAGUCGGACCUGUUCCAGGAGGACCUUUACCCACCCACCGCAGGACCCGAUGCUGCGCUCACGGCUGAGGAGUGGCUGGGCGGCCGGGAUGCUGGACCCCUCCUCAUUUCCCUCAAGGACGGCUACGUGCCUCCAAAGAGCCGGGAGCUGAGGGUCAACCGGGGCCUGGACACUGGGCGCAGGAAGACAGCUCCAGAGGCCAGUGGGACCCCCAGCUCGGACACCGUAGCCCGGCUGGAGGAGGAGAUGAAGAAGCUCCAGGCCACAGUGCAGGAGCUACAGCAGCGCUUGGAUAGGCUGGAGGAGACGGUCCAGGCCAAGUAGAGGACCCGACGGCCUCAGCGGGGGCCCUGGCAUCCCCGCCCUCCCUGCAUUCACACCCUUCUCCUCAGGCCACGAUGGCAGAUAAAAAAAUAAUAAUAAAAUGGCUUUAUUUUCUGGUA